AUGCCGGUGAAAUUAAAAUGGCCAUGGUUAGGCAUUGCAAUACCUAGUUUUUUGAUUGCAUCCAUUGGCUACUGUGCACAUUACUUCAUUUUAUUAAAUUUCUUAAGCCUUCGAAAACAGCUGUGGUAUCAGUUUUGUCAAACAAUGAUUUGGCUAUCAUACUAUUUAGCAAUAUACACACCACCAGGAAAACCUCCAACAAACUUUAAACCAUCUAAAAAUGAGUGGAAAGUGUAUUGCAAAAAGUGCAAGUGUUACAAACCGGAAAGAAGUCAUCAUUGCAAAACAUGUAAUCAAUGUGUCCUAAUGAUGGAUCAUCAUUGCCCUUGGACUAUGAAUUGUGUUGGCUAUAACAAUUUUCCUCAUUUUAUAAGAUUUUUAUUUUGGGUGAUUGUUGGCACUACUAGUUUGGCUAUAUUUUUAACAACUAGAAUCCAUUCGAUAUGGGUACACCGGAGCUCGCCAAGUUAUCUCUACUAUAAAUCGGAAUUGAUAUUUCUCACUAUUUUAACGCCACUCAAUGCUUUCAUAUUAUUAACAAUUAGCAUUUUAAUGAUCAGAUGUUUAUUCAACCAAAUAUUUAAUGGAAGAUCUCAAAUAGAAUCUUGGGAAAUGGAUAGAUUAGAAACUUUAGCUCGAAUGAGUAAACUAUUACCUAUAUUAAUAGAGAAUGUUUGGUAUAUCUUCCCUAACCUACGAAAUGAACAUGUUGAGAGCCAGGCUGAAGCCCUGUUAAACAAAAAGAGAUUAUCGUUGGAUGAAUUAGUUAAUUUUCCUUAUGAUCUUGGCCCUUUCAGGAACGCAAUUCAAUUGUUAGGCACCCCGCCUUUAUGGUUGUAUCCAUUUAGCGGGCCACAAGAUGAUGGUUUACAUUUCCAAAAGAAUGAGGAGUCCAUGAUAGAAGAUCCUAAUUCUUUGAAUGAUAUUAUACUUUGUCUCCCUUGGCCUCCAGAUUCGACUAAGCACUUAAAUUCUACUAGCGAACAUACAUCAAAUGUUCAGAUCAUCUCAGAAGAAGGUGAACAAGUAAUACGAAUCCGAACACCAGAAAAAAAGCUCUCCAGAUCAGAAUGGCUAAAUGACUGGGGUGAAUCGCUUGAAGAUUUUGGAGUCGAUGUGGAUGUUGAGUAA